CAAAGCCAUUGAAAACAGUAAACAGAGUCGAUCACGUAUAAAUAAUCUUCACAUUGCUACUAGUAAACUAUUUAGUCUCUAUUAUUUAGGCACAGAGUGGACAAUACGAGGUAAUUAACUAAAACAACCAUGAAUGGUUUAGUUUGAGGGGACUGGUUAAACACUGAUACGUGUUUCCAUACGGAAGGACUUUUUAGUCGGACACAUAUGGACGAAAAUACCAACCAAAUGUUUUGCGAAAAUGCCAGGGCUGUCUGAAACGGAACAUGCUGGACUAAAACAGAUUUUAGGCUCAAUGACAGCGGGUGAUUUAAUGUCACUCAGUGACACAGUCACAAAUAAGAUGAUAGUUGUGGAAAACAUUGCAGAAGCCAUAGAAACCGUUCUUUCUUUUUCUAAAAAUGCCGAAGAGCUCCUUAAAAGGAAGAAGGUUUAUCGCGACCUCAUAUUCAAGUACCUGGCCAAAGAAGGGGUGACGAUGCCCCCGAACAGUGAAAAACACCAGCUGGUCAAGAGGGCGUUGGAGCUGUGGGCAUCAGUAAAGGUCGAUGAGGCCAAAAUGCAACAGCCCACAACAUCUGAGUCGACAGACACAAAAUGUGAGACAGGCUUUGAUCCACUGGUCCUGGGCGUCCAGUUCUGCCAGUGGUUCUUUCAGCUGUUAAACAGUCAGAAUCCUUCACUUGGCCAUCAGCCUCAGGAAUGGGGUCCACAGCAUUUCUGGCCAGAUGCGAAGCUCAGCCUUCUCUCCAGAACUGCCACUGAACAGAUGGACGAGUUCCUGGGUGCUGAACUGGUUAGUCUUCGUCUCCUGGCCCUUACCAGUGGAGAACGCCUCUUGUUUAGUCCCAACCUGGAGCCUCACGGCCUUAGGGCCUUGGCCUCUCCUCAUGGCCUGGUGCUGGUUGCUGUGGCCGGAACCAUCCACAAAGACGCAGCCUGUCUUGGUAUCUUCGAGCAAAUAUUUGGCCUCAUUCGCUCUCCGCUGGCUGAAAACAGCUGGAAGAUUAAGUUCAUCAACCUCAAGAUCAGAGGCCAGAGUGCUCUAGAGGGGGCAGAAUUAGCAGCACCCAGUCUGAGCUACAACUCCAGUGAACUCCAGCUUCUUUGUAGCUGACGGCAAACAGUUUAAAGACUUUURUCUCCUCCAGUUUAUUUAAUGCAGAGAUGGUUGUACAGACUGAUUACGCUUUACACGUCUUUAAAACAACUUGAGAAUGGCAACAUUAAAAACUUUGGAGACUUUUAGCUUCAGAAAUUAAWCUAGUUUUAUUCUAUUUUUUGUUUUGUUGUGCUGGAAACUUUUAGUAAUAUGUUAAAUACACUACAUAUCGAUGUAAAAUUCGGUAUGUUGUUCUUUGAAGCCUGUGCCUUCUGCAAGUUGUACUUUAAAUAGAGUUGUGAAUAUAAUAUUGUAAAUAUAUAACAUACACAAGCAGGAGUCAGACUUGUGUACAUUUAAAAUUUAUUAGCAGUAUUUUUUUGCAAACUUAAAAAUUGGGUUUAUCCAAAGGCCAAUAAAAUUCAAUGACUAAAAUAAAGUUUUUUUUAUGUAA